AUGAUACCCUUAGUAUAUCCGGAUGAUAAAUUAAAAGUGAGAUGGGAUUGCAUUUUAGUCUUGCCUCGUUUUUAUUUUAUGUGUAUAAUCCCGGUUGAUUUGGCUUGGACUAAAGAGCAAGUAUUGUUUGGCUAUGCUUUCAUUCCAACUCUGAUAUCUUUAGGACUAAUUAUCAUAGAUUUCUUCUUUGGUUUUGCCUGUAGUUAUUAUGAAGAUGGACAAGUAAUGGUAGAUAGAAAAAAAGUGUUCUUGCAUAAUCUCACAAAAUCAUAUGGAAUUGAAUUAGCAUCAACUGUGGUUUUGAUUAUCUUCUUAAUCUUCCAGGUUGGCUAUGAUUAAUAGGUCGAUAUCUCAAAAGACAUAUACUACUUACUAUUAUUAUUUUCCUUAGUGUAGUACAGAAACAUAAUGAAGAUACGAGAACAAUUGGAGGAAGCUUUAAAUCUUUCAGAAUAUGGCAGUUCCAUUGUAGAGCUCGUCAAAUUGUUGUGUUUGGUCUGUUACGUUAUUCAUAUUUUUGGCUGUUUAUGGUUUUGGGUUGGAUAUUACGGUUCGACAUACUUAAACGAGGGUUGGCUGGUUGGAUAAGAAGUUGUAACGGCAAAUUUUGGUACCCAAUACUUAAGAGCCAUUUACUUUUCUACCGUUACUAUGUUCACAGUUGGAUACGGAGAUAUAACUCCAAAGACUGAACCUGAAUACAUACUGGCAAUUAUCUUUAUGAUGGUCAGUAGCAUUCAAUUAUCAUACAGUGUGAGCACUGUGGGGGCUGUUCUUGAGAAAAUCACAUCCUUUAAGGAGAUUAAAUAAAAAAAACUUAGUAUUAUAAAUAAUUUCAUGGAGAAAAAAUAAAUAAACUCCAAACUGUAAUUUUAAGUAAGACAAUAUUUGAACUAUUAUUGGAACAAGCAAUAAGACGAAGAGACUUAGGCUGAAUAAACAAUCAUAGAUUAAUUGAGUCAAACUCUAAAAGAAAAAUUAACCUAUGAAGCCAAUUCUAGGAUUCUAAAUUAAUGUCGAUUUAUCAAAGAUAAUUUUUCGGAUAAAUUCUAAAAGAAAUUAGUUGAAAAGAUAAGUUCUCAGUAUUUACAGCCAGAAAACAUUAUAGAAUUUUAGAAGUUUUUCAAAAGAAUCAAAAAAAUUGAGAAAACUGAAUUUUAAUGUUUAUGCUUCAUCGAGAUGGGAAAAGUUGAAUCAUUUAUUGAAGAUCCCAACACCUAAAAUGUUAUUGCUUCAAAUAUCACUAAUUAUUUAUAAGGAAAAUGCUUCAAUGAAAUAUCAUUUCUUACUGGAUAAGAUUUUAAGGAAAAAUUCAAAACUGUAGAAUUUACCAAAUUACUUAUUCUAUCAAGAAGAGAUUUUCUAGCCACAAUGAAAGAUUUCCCUCAAGACUUUGAAAAAUAUAAAGAACUUGUAGACGAUUUUAACAUAAACAAAGAAAUGUCGAUGUUAAAAAUUUAAUGUCAAUCAUGUGAUUCAUACAAACAUUUAACUGUUGAUUGUCCAAUUGUCCAUUUUGUUCCAGAAAGAGAGGUUAUUAUUAAAAGAUCUGCUUAUUCAUAAUUCUAAUAAAGAAGGCACAUAAAGAGAUCCAGAACCAGAACCAAACCAACUAUCAAGAUUCAAAGAUUAGUGGCCAUGCAAGCGAACAAAAUGUACAAUUAAGUUACCAUCGAUCCAACCUAUUGCAAUAUCUAUGAAAUUCCAGAUGAGCAAAUAUUUACAGGGGCUGAAGAACCAUAACUGUUAAAUCAAAAUCCUUAACAUGUUUAGAUACAAAUAAUAGGUUCUUAAGCCAAUAGCUUCGUUUAAAAUUCUAUAUCCGUUCUACCCCAAUAACCAGAAUCGCCUAAGCAAAAGAAAGGCUAAAAGACCUUUAAUCAUCUUAGUGCAAGAGCAAUUAGACAUAAAAGUAAUCCCAAAAAACUAUUUCGCUUGGGAUUUAAUGUGGUAUCAGGUGCAAGGUUUUGGUCUAAAGUAACGAAGAUCAGGAAAAAUAGUUCAUUAUCAUUAGAGAAUAUGAAUAAGGAAUUGCAAUUAAGAAGGACAUUGAUAAAUGACUAAAUGGAUUUAGUACCCAAAUCCAUUUUGGAUGAUAUGUUCUUUGCAGAAUAACUGUUUUAAUAACUUCUGACGCAGUAGCAAGUUGAAGAUUAAUUCGAUUAAGUAAGAGAAUGCAAACGGUACAAACCUUAAGAUAACCUAAACUAACAACUCUGUAAAUAGGAUUUGAUAAAUGAAAAGUGUUCACCUAAUGAAUUGGCUUUCUUCCAAAAGAUUAGAGAAAAAUUGUCAUAGUUUAUGUGUUUCCCGCAUCAGUAUAUUUUGAGAUACAAAUAUCCCUUAUCUAUAUCAUCUAAAAUUGGGUUAGUGGUAGAUGUCAGGAAAAUUAAAAGGUAAAGCAAAAGUAAAUCCAAGAUUGGGAAGUCUAUGACGGGAAAGAGAUGA